UCCUUUAUCUCUCUUUUGUUUUCUCUAUUUUCAUUUGACUCUUUGAGGUUCUUGAAUAUUCAAAAAUUUGGGCUUAGUAUAUUUAUAUCAAAAACACAGCACAACAUUUUCAUAUAAGUUUAACAUCAAUGGGAGAAGAAGCAACUCUUGUAGUUUCUCCAAUAGCUUCUAAAGAAACUCAAGAAAAUGACCACAAAAAUGAGCCAAAAGAGGAAGUUGAAGAAAAUGCUCUUGCUCUUGUUCCAUUAAUAGAGGAUAAUAAAGAGCAAAUCUCUCCCUCUAAACCUCCUCCUCCUGCUCCAGAAAAGGCUGCAGAUUCUGGGAUUCAGAGAAGUACAGGGGGUUCCAAGGACAGAGAUGCUGCCCUUAUGAAAGUUGAAUCAGAGAAAAGAUUGGCUUUGAUCAAGGCAUGGGAAGACAAUGAAAAAACAAAGGCUGAUAACAAGGCAUUUAAAAAGUUGUCUGCUGUUGGAGCUUGGGAGAACUCUAAGAAGGCAACUAUAGAAUUUGAGCUGAAACAAAUUGAGGUGAAAUUUUGAUUUACUUAGUACAUAUCAUUUAACUGCUGUC